UAGGCCUUCGGGCUGUUUAGCCACCAGCAUUCCGUUUCUUUUCGCUCGACAACUUCCGAGGUCCUGGUCCACGUUGCCUUCUCAUAAUAAUAUAAGACGCCGUCCUCGGCAUGAGGUUUGUAUUUCUUCUUGAAAGCUACCCCGCUCCUGUGAUUGAGAACCUACUGAAUCUGCACUGUGAUUCCCUUGAAAGAAUUGAACUCCCGCCUAUCCCUGGAAAGGGACUACCAAACUUGAGUGCAUUUCAGAAACUAUCUGAACUGCAUCUCCAUGCAUCCUCUUUCUUUAAUACAGCACCUUUUGAUGCAUCAUCUAAACUAGUAACUCCUUGUCUUCAGCGACUCACCAUUGACUUCACCAAACAUGAGCAAUUCUCAAGAAGUGUCGGGGGGUCAGUAGACCCUGAAGAUUUCAGCAACCACAAAGCCAAAUUUCUGGAACACUUCAUCAUUACCCAGAAGUCAGGGCAGUCAAAAACCUCCCUGAGACAGAUAUUUCUCCGAUUCGGCCCCGACACAAUUGCAAAGGAUAGUAUUCUGUUGGAGCUGUGGUCAGCUGAUCUUGUGGAGGAGGUUUCUGCAGUGGCAGCUUCUUAUGAUAUCUCUCUGACAUACAACAAACUGGUUUAUGUUGAGGGUAGAGGAGAAUUUCCAAGGAGAGUCUUGGAUCGAACCCAGCACAUGAUAUUUGACCUACUGCUCGAGCCACCAACCCAGGAUGGAGUGCAUGUUGACGCCAUUAAAAACAGCUUAGAGCUUCCUUUGCAGAGGUUGAGUCUGCUAUUGAGGGGAUGCUGGGGGAUGGUAUACUUUUUACUACUGUUGAUGCUGAUACAUUCGAUAUCAUUGACUAUUUUUCGUGAGCACAUCUCAUAUUACAGCUGGAAGCCCGCGGGAUGGACUGAAUAUAUUUUAGACGAAAUUUACAAUUCUUCUUCGCAUCCAUCUUGCUCGAAAUAUGGUCGCGAACGACGAGGCUUGGCCGAGGGGCGACAAAGGGUACAAGGAUGGCCGCGACGAGAACACCGGAGAACCAUCCGAUUUGCAAUGCAUCACGGCAUCUCAAAACAUCAUUUACUGUUAGCAUGGCCCUAGGGUGAUUGGACCAUACCGGCGGGGAGACCGCAAUUGCAGCAGAUCCCAGAUGGUUAUGAUCUCGGACAUGAUGGCAUUGUCAAGCUGCUGCUUGAGACAGGCAAGGUCAAUGCUGACUUGAAAGAUACAGCCUCUGGUCGGACGCCACUAUCAUGGGCCGCUGAGAAUGGAACAUGAUGGUGUUGUCAAGCUAUUGCGCAACCAUCAGCAGAGAAAACUUUAGGAUUGGCCUUUGCAGGAUCAUGUGAUUAAUAUUUUGGCUUUGUCAAGUAGGAUAGCUUUCUACACUAAGUGGCCGAUCAUCGCUCCCACUACCUUGUUUAGCUGAUACAUCCUCCAGCUCGGUGACCUGCUUCGCUCCUCCCAGCACUUCCUUGUAUUCGUACAGCUAGACAAUCUUGUGCCCAGACAAGGUUUCCAGAACAAUAUUUUCAUAUUGUUCCAAUUAUCGGCGUCAUUUCACAUGUUGUUCUCGAGCCGUG